GCAUGUGACAAAUACAAUUUGAUUAGGUGUAUGGAAGAAGUCGGAGCUCAAGAGUGUAGACGAGUUUCCCUCAAGUAAUUAAGAGUUGGAGAGGCGUUCAAGUGGAUUUUCCAGUCAUAUGCUUGUAUUUACAAGAUGCUAUGAACGCAGCAUCGUCUCGCGCAUGUGGAUUGAAACGUCCCUCUAGACGAUAAAGCUGAUAGGUCGAGAUGGGAAUUUUGCGACCCCCCACUCAGCAAACUCUUUGUAAUGACAUUGCUUUGUAAACACAUUUACAAUCUGUUAUUUUCGUUGAUGCGGCGCGUGAAAUAUCUGUAGGAAGCUAAAUUAGAUGGGUGCGGUGUUCAAGUAAGAGCACGCAUCAACAGGACUAGUGAAAAGCUGUAAAACCGGAUGGACUUUACUGUCAGUUCGUGAAUGUUGUAAUCGUGUGAAAGCCUGCCCAUUUCGUUGCUACCAGUCAAGCGAGAGGUAGCGAGAGAGACCAGCCAUCCAGCCGACAAUGUGGAAGACGAGGGUCCCUAAAAAGCAAAUCCCGUUAGGUGGAAACAGCUAUGAAACCAACCCGUAACACCUGGGGACAAGAUGAGCAGUUGACUUGACGUUUUGCCUUCCCUGAAACGAUAAAUAACAGUUAACUUUGACUCUCGCAACCCUCGAGAAGCGUAUUCGAAGAAUCCGAGAUAAUGGUGGCUCUCUCAUCGGUUUUAACGCCACUUGCUCGGCAGCUGCACAGACAUCUCAUCAAGCAAACGAAAGGUCAACGUUUGAUACCUGUGAGAAGAUGCAACCUCACCGCAUGUUCAAGCAAAUAUGUGCUUUCUGCCUUGCAUCCAAUGUGGCAGGGGCCGCUCGUUGCUCCAGGGGGUAACAGACAAUCUCCUAUCGAUAUUCGGGUGCGUAAGAGCGUUUUUGAUCCGCACCUUAAGCCACUGACCCCGGAUUACGACCCCGGGACGUGCUCACAGAUCUGGAACAACGGGUACUCAUUCCUGGUUGAGUACGACGACACCACCGACAAAUCCAUACUUAAAGGGGGUCCUCUGGAAGAUAACUUCCGGCUGUGUCAGUUCCACUUCCAUUGGGGGGAGAGCAACGCGUGGGGUUCCGAGCAUACCGUGGACCGCCGCCUCUUCCCUGCUGAGCUCCACAUGGUCCACUGGAACUCUAAUAAGUACAGGCGGUUUGAGGAAGCUGUGAUGGAGGAGAAUGGACUGGCUGUCAUCGGAGUCUUCCUCAAGAUAGGGAAGAGACACGAGGGACUGCAGAAAUUAGUGGAUGCCCUACCUGCUGUCAGACACAAGGACAGUGUUGUUGAGUUCACUAGGUUUGACCCAGCCUGCCUACUGCCUGCUAACAUUGACGAUUACUGGACGUAUGCAGGGUCACUUACCACUCCUCCUCUGACUGAGGCAGUGACCUGGAUUAUCAUGAAGCAGCACAUCGAAGUCAGCCAUGACCAGCUGGCAGUGUUCCGGAGCCUUCUCUUCACCUCGGCAGAGGAGGAGGUACAGAAGAGCAUGGUCAACAACUUCCGCGUGCAGCAGCCCCUGAGGGGCCGCACUGUGCGGUCCUCGUUCACCCCCUUCCUGCAGCAGGAGCCACCUGCAAAAGGUCCACAGACAGGCCACUGACCGGUACACACUAACUCACUUGGACCCUUCAAACCAAAAUUAUGCAAUUAUCCUAGGAAGCCUUUUUUUUUUUUUUUUUUUUUUUUUUAACUCUACAGAAGUCAUACUGCUGACAUCUUCUUUACAAAUGCCUUAUGCAUUCAGAAAGCACCCAAUGAUUUUGCUUAAAUGACAGGGAUUUUAGCAUUCCAAUGUCACCAUCUAAAGCUGUGGUAUUCAGAGUCAGGGUUGUGACCUCUAGUUAGUUGGAUUGUGUGGGAACUGCCUCCCCCCCCCCCCCCAAUAUUAAAAGUAAGCAAAUUGAGAGUACAGAUCAUUUUAUUUGACAUUAUACAAAUGUUUUUGAGAAAGAAUUUGAAAAAUACUAUUUUGAGUAAAUGUAUUUUAAUGGUUUAAUAAGAGAAACUUAAAUUCAUUACAUUUUUAUUUGUUGAUGUAACAAUCGAAAUGUUUCAGUUUUAAGGUUGUCAUUAGCUCUGGGGUUGGGGGGGGGGGGGGUCUCGAGAAAGGAUUACGAAAGAAAAGAAAGGGUUGGCCCCCCCCUGAACAAGUUAGAAUACCAAUGAUCUAUAGGCUUUUAAAAAUAAUUUUUUACAUCUGUCUCACUGUCUGCUGUCCUGUCAGUAAUUGAGUCAUCAACACAUGGCAGGUUUAUUGCUGUAGUCGACGCAAACACAUUAUUUUCAAAAAUAUGUCUUAGUUGAAUCUGGUUGGAGAUUUUUAUGAAUCCUCUUAAUGUUUAUAAGUUGUAAACCUUAUUUAUUCACUCCUUAUUAACAGUCAAACUUUACAUGCUUCCAGAAACAAAUGAUUGAUGCUGCUGGAAUAAUCUGAAGUACUAUCAACACUUACUAUGUAAACUAAAGAUUAUGAAUAUCCCCCUCUUGUGGAAAGAGUACUUUUACAGUAAUUUUUUCUUCCUUGGCAAAGUAUUUGAGGUGAAAGGGCAUCAUAUGAAUGGGGGUUUAUUUUGAAGGUUUAAGCUCUAAAUUUGUUUACAGCAUAUAAGCGAAGAGAUUUAGUUCAUUGUAUUUAGGCCUAGCUAAGGCUCCAAACUGCACACAUGAUUGUUGCUCAAUAUGUUUUUAGGUGAUUUGAUGGAUUUUAAUACAUAGUCUUGAGUAGACUAGAAUGUACAUCUCAGUAUCUUUAACUUGAAUGUAAAAGUAAUAUGUGUAGGAUGUACAGCUUCAUUAUGCCUUAUAAGCACAGGGAAACCAGGGCAUUUGUUACAACUAAUAUGUUGAAUUCUAUAGCAAACAUUGACCUUUUUUAACAUGAGUGUCUAAGAUUAUUUUCCUCUUGUAAUCAAAUUCUUCUGUUGUACUAAAAAGGACUCUACCAUAGUGCCUUCCAUGUUAUGCAUAAUACUCACACACACGGUCACCUUUGUUUUCAUAGGUCAAUAGCUCACUGCAGUGUCUGUUCUGUUGGAGCCUGCUGGUUUAAUUAAUAUUGGCAAUAUUAUGCCCCUCGCAGGUUUUAAACAGGCAGUCGGUAGAUUGUUUGCCAAUUUCUGAUCAAGGAGCUGUGGGAGAGUUUAGAGAGGGUGUCACAUGUACAUCAUUAGCAUGUUGGUUCUGUAUUUAUUUAUUGGUGGAGGUCAGAAGGAUUUGACUUUUAGAAGCACUAGCAGCACACCGACAGGAAUCAUUCUCCUGAUAGUUGUAUGUCAUUUCUUGAGACUGUUUAGCUUCGACUGCACUCUGAAAACUGCUAUUUGUUCAGACCUUGUUAUUGCAAUAAUUUGGAGAUGAUUAUAAAGUUUACAGCGGAACCAUCCAUAAAUGCAAAAUAUCUAGGUAGCUGGACAGGGACUACAGUGGGACCAACUACAUGUAUCAACUUGAAAACAUACCUGAACUUAAUGUUAUGCUUUAAUAGCAUUCCAAAAGGUUGUUUACGGUAAAAUAAGCAUUGCUAUUCCCUGUGUUGACACACAACCAUGAUAAGUAAAUAGCACAUUUUAUAGCAAUUGUAAUACAUACUUUUAGUCAUAUAGUGUAUGUGGACACCUGCUUGUCGAAAAUCUCAUUCCAAACUCAUGGGCAUUGAUAUGGAGUUAGUCCCCCCUUUGCUGCAACAGCAGCCUCCACUCUUCUGGGAAGGCUUUCCACUAGAUGUUGGGGCAUAGCUGUGGGGAAUUGAGCAGCAAGAGAAUUAGUUAGGCCUGGCUCGCAGUCGGCGUUCCAAUUCAUCCCAAAGGAUGUUCGAUGGGGUUGAGGUCAGGGCUCUGUGCAGGCCAGUCAAAUUCUUACACACUGAAACAGGAAAGGGCCUUCCCCAAACUUUUGCCACAAAGUUCGAACCACAGAAUCGUCUAGAAGGUCAUUGUAUACUGUAGCGUUAAGAUUUCCCAUCACUAGAACUAAGAGGCCGAACCAUGAAAAACAGCCCCAGACCAUUAUUCCUCCUCCACCAAACUUAAGUUGGCACUAUGCAGUCAGGCAGGUAGCGUUCUCCUGGCGUCCACCAAACCCAGAUUCGUCCGUAGGCCUGCCAGAUGGUGAAGCUUGAUUCAUCACUCCAGAGAACGCGUUUCCACUGCUCCAGAGUCCAAUGGCGGCGAGCUGUAGACCACUCCAGCCGACGCUUGGCAUGGUGAUCUUACGCUUGUGUGUCUACCACUUCACGACUUAGCCGUUGUUGCUCCUAGACGUUUUCACUUCACAAUAACAGCACUUACAUUUGACCGGGACAGCUCUAGCAGGGCAGACAUUUGAUGAACCGCGCAGCGGUGUAAGGCACUGUUUCUCAGUGCUAGAGGCGUCACUACAGACCCUAGUUCGAUUCCAGGUUGUAUCACAACCGUCGUGAUUGGGAGUCCCAUAGGGUGGCGCAAAAUUUGGGAAGGACUUGCCUAGUUAAAUAAAUAAAAAAUGUUGGAGAGUUGGCAUCCAAUGUCGAUGCCCUGUUGAAAGUUACUGAGCUCUUCAGUAAGGCCAUUCUUCUGCCAAUGUUUGCCUAUGGAGUUUGCAUGGCUGUGUGCUCGAUUUUCUUUCAUACACCUGCCAGCAACAGGUGUGGCUGUAAUAGCCAAAUUCACUAAUUGAAGGGGUACCCACAUACUUACAUACACACACGUGUAUCGUGCUGCCUAUUUUCCAUUGGCCUACUUCUCGUUGCAGUAUGAUGGGUGUGCCUUGCAGUGCUUCACUGUUUUCUUCAAAGAUCUUAAAUAAGACAUCUUGGUUAGAGAGUGACUGGGAGGAAUAGAGGGGGGUCUUAUGUACUGUGAGCUCAAAGUAUUGGGACAGUGACACACUUUUGUUGUUUUGGCUCUGUACUUCAGUUACAGAUGCACAUAUCAUACCCUGUUAUUGUAAUGGUGAGUUUAGCAUGUCUUGGGUAUGAUAUUUGUGGGUCUGUAACUUUCUCGCUCAUCAUUAUUCACGAUUCAUUCAGUAUUUAUACAUAAUUGUGGUAGCAUCCACAUGAAUGUAGAAGUGUUUAGAAACAUAUUCUAUUUUUAUUUACAAUAAGUGACUCCAAAAUGACAAAUUACCAUUUAUUUCUAAUGGGCACAAAAUCUGAAACAACCAAAACAAACAGCAAAUGCAUCCAACAAAUGUGUAGUCGCAAGCUUGAUGUAUUCAUUGCGUGCUAUGACUAUGGGACCAAUUACUAGUUUAGUACACAUGUGAAUUUGUCCCAAUACUUUGUCGCCUAAAAUUGGGGGGGUAUACAAAAAGUGCUGUCAUUUCUAAACCGUUCACCAGAUAUGGAUGACAAUACUAUCAAAUUAAAGGUAACCUCAUAGUCAUUGUAUCAUUUCAAAUCCAAAGUGCUGGAGUACAGAGCCAAAAACAACAAAAAUGGUCACUGUCCCAAUAGUUUUGGAGCUCACUGUAUGUGCAAUGUUCAGAGAAAGUGAAGAGCUUUGACGUGGGUGCUAAAAGAUUGGAGGAGAAAAUGAUUGAUUGGUUUGUUCUAUGAACAGGGAAUGAAAGGGAGAGCAGGCAGAGGGAGCUUUGGUAUUGUUCUAUAAAGCAUUAAGUGAGAGGACGGUUGUCUUUUGUGUGUGUGUAUAUAUAUAUAUAUAACAAUGUCCCUGUACACACUGUUCUCUGUACGGCCUGGUCCUCUCCCCAAUAGGUCAAUUGCAGAGAAGUAGCUUGACAAUAACAUGUUCUGAAAAGCACUGUCCAAGACUCCAGCCCUCCAUACCUACUUGACACUUAUGCCUGUUUCACUGCGUUACCUAUGAAAUUGAAGGUGACCUCUUUUCACACCACGGGUUAGGGGAACAAUGUUGGGGUACAGGGAGGAUUUGAAUGGGGUUACGAAACAGUUGUGCAUUUUAGGUGUUGGUUUGAUGUGGGCAUUUUUAUGGGUAAAUGAUGGUAGGACAGAGAUUCACUUUUUUUUUUGCUGUAACUUUGGUAAGGGACCUAUUUUCUGCCUCCUAUUUGUCCUGAUCUGUUUAGUUAUGUUCUGCCUUUUUAAUCUCCAGUGGGAUGUUUCCUUUCACUUAACUGUAUUUUUGUUUUCAAAUUAUAAAUACUAAAUGGUAACUGGAAUGUGAUUUAACUGUAAUGACUGUACUUUAAUCAAGACUAAUGAUCAUGAUUUAAUCUGUCAUCAAUGGUGAACUGCUGUAUUUUCAGUGACUGUUUUAAACGUGUCAAACUUAGUAUGCACAAUGAUCCAGAUCGAUGUACAUGUUUUACAUAAAUGGGACUUAUGCGGAACUUCCACUUAACUUGCCCUACACCA